AUUUGACGCCUUGCACGUGCGGUACAUGCGCGCGCGCAGCUCAGUCGCAGACACUCUGCCGCAUGUGACGGUUGAUCGCGUAUUAUAUUCAACUUUCGAACUAUCGCGUACAUUUGAGUUUGCUUUAUAAAAAUUUUGUUCGAACAUAACUUUAAUGGCCAGUAAAUUGAAUGGUGUUGAGACAACGGUAUGGGCUCGUGGUCCUCCCCCCAAUAGAUCAUGUGGGGAGACAUUUAUGAGGGCGAUAUACGACCGGGAUGAAAACACAUUCCUGGGCCGAACGCCUAAACGAUGGGCUAUAGCAAUAACAUUCUACCUUGUGUUCUACGCUGUCCUGGCGGUGAUGUUUGCCGUGUGUAUGGGUGGACUGUUUUACAUCCUCGACGAUAAGAAACCAACAUACAUCCUCGAGAGCUCCUUGAUCGGUGCGAAUCCAGGAGUAUCGUCUCGUCCUCAGCCACUAGAUUUCGUCGUCCACUAUUCUACAGAAAAUACGACAGGCCAUGACUUCUACAUGCAAGAUAUUCAGGACUUUGUUAAAACUUACGCUAACGAGUCGUGGUUCAAUUCGAAGAAAGAUUGUUCGGUAGAAGAUAACUUCGGAUUUCCGGAAUCACCUUGCUUCUUCAUAAAAUUAAAUAAGAUUUAUGGCUGGAAACCAGAUUUCUAUGUCAAGGAUUUCCCAGAAGAUAUGUCAGCCGAUUUAGUUGAAUAUAUAAAUAGCCUUCAAGAGAUUGAACGUCAACAGGUCUGGGUGUCAUGUUGGGAGGAACAUUCCAAAAACGACACGAAGAUAGAGUAUCCAUGGGGCCGCGGCUUGCCGGGACGCUUCUACCCGUAUCUCAAUGAAGACGGCUAUAUCAGUCCAGUAUUGCCAGUCAAAUUUACUCCACCAGCGAAUACAUUAGCAGUAAUUAGAUGCAGGGCGUGGGCCAAGAACAUCGUCUACAACAAGAGCCUCAAGGAGCCGUCGGGGUACGUCCGUAUACUUCUGCAGAUAGACGACGAUACCGCCGUCAACACUACAGAAACAUCAAAAGAAUAACAAUAAUACAAAACACGUUAGUUGAAUAUCUGUAUAUACAAUAGGUAUAAUAAGUUAAAGAGAAAAAAGUAUAAGUAAAAAGAAGUCAUAAUAAUGAAUGUUAUUGCAAAAAACAAUUACGCACAGUAUAAUGUCGCCCCAGCUCUUGAACUAGAUUACUGUGUUUCAGGACCUAAAGAUAAGUAUACACUAUAAAGUUUGUUUAUCUCUGUGUAUACCUAGCCUAUAUAAGAUUGAAUACAUUUCGAUUGUGAUUGUCGACGCGAUACCUAAGUUUGUUUGAGAUAUCUGAGUCAGUUCAGAUAUCUUUCUAUCUUUUGCAUUGGUGAUAGAUCUAUUCUGUAUUGGACUCUGUCACCAUACAAAUACCCUACGCAUAAACAACACCAUUAAAUUCCGUUCCACGAAACGAGCUCCCAACGGAAAUUGCCCUCGUAAGCUCAUUGGUUAAUGCGCGUGACCUUCAUUAGCCAAAUAAUUUCUUAUGAUUGUCUUAUACGCCGGAUUCGUUUCGCUUAUCUCUAACCGAGCACAUUAACGAAUAAGGUGCGAGUAAUUUAUUCCCUAGGAGGUCGAUUCGCGGAAUGGACUAUAACAUCUUAGACGCUUGCUACCAAAAAUGUCAUCUGUCAGACCGGUCCACUUGCUAUAAAGUAUAUAAUGCAUUGAAUAACGUGGCUCUUAUAUCUUUUGAUUAUUGUAUUAAAUAUCAUAUCACAGAGUGAGUUUCUUGUCAUAGAUUGCGUAUUCCAAAUGAGGUACUCUUAAAUAGUUAUUCACGUUUAAAUUCUUUAACGAUUUUGGAAAUGAGUGUUUGUUUUUUUAAUGGAAAACCACUGGUAGUUAUUUUAUUAAAGUUGUGUAUAGUAGGAAUAUACUGUAUAAAUUAUAUGUUGAAAUAUAAAUUUAGUAGUCGAUACAUUUUAAUGAUAAAAUUAUAUAUUAAAAAUAAUAAUUCGAAAAGAAACUUACAGAUUCUAUUUAAUUAAAGAGACGUUAUUAUUAUUUAGACUUAUUAUUUAGUUUUUAUUUCGCCUGAAGUACAUAGCCGUGACGCUCUUGACAUAGGCACAUAGGUAUUGUAAUUUAUAGUUCAAAAGAUCCACUUGAAUAAUUAUCAUGAAUGUGUAUUAAAGUUGAAAUCGAACAGAUGUAAAAAUUUUACAUAUAAAAGCCGCUUGCGAAAGUCAUUUCUUCUGGAACUAUCAAAAUAUAUAAAGCGCUUCAAGCGCUUAAUUUGUAAUCAAGCUCGCAACCGUCUUAGGUAGAAAAAUUUUUGAAGAAAUAUAUAGUUUCUAUUAUUAAUAAUAAAAUAAUGUACUCGCCAAAAGAGAGUUAACUCAAAACUGGGUAGCAGUAAUUAAAUUUGUUCAACCGACUAUAUUUCAGAUUUUUUUUU